AUGGGCAAACGAAAGGCCGACGACAAGUCCUCCACCAGAGACAAGAUGGACGUCGAUGGCGAAGAUAGCGGAAGCGAAGAUGAAGUUGACAUGCUCGACGUCGACUUCGAAUGGUUCGACCCAGACGAAACCAUCGACUUCCACGGCAUCAAAACUCUCCUCCGCCAACUCUUCGACGUCGACAACCAACUUUUUGACCUCAGCGAGCUCGCCAACUUAGUCCUCUCCCAACCCCUCCUCGGCAGCACCGUAAAAUGCGACGGCAAAGACUCCGAUCCCUACGCCUUCCUCACAGUCCUGAACCUCCACCAACACCGUGAAAAGGAAUCCAUCAAGGCACUUACCUCCUACAUUAUCAAGAAAUCUGCCGGAUCACCUUUGGAGGCAACCUUGAAGCAAACUCUAGAUCCUUCGACUCCAUCGCAGGUGGGUUUGGUUCUCUCGGAACGCUUCAUAAACAUGCCCUACCAAAUCGUCCCACCGCUCUACACCUUUCUCACCUCAGAACUCACCGGCGCAAUCGAGAACUCCAACCCUUACCCCUUCACGCACUACCUCAUCCUCUCCAAGACCUACGCCGAGGUCGCCGCUUUCGAGGCAGAUCCCAACCGGCCUGCGAAGAAGUCGAAGUCUUCUGCGUCCAACUCGUCGGAGACGUUCUACUUUCAUGUUGAGGAUGAAGUGCUGGCGAAGUAUGCGCAAGGUGUUGCGAGUUAUGAUUACGAGAAAUCUGAGGAGGAGCCGGAAGCGAGUGAUGCGAAGAGGACGUUUAAUGAGUUGGGGAUCAAACCGCAGGGGCAUUUGAUUCUGGUUGAGGGUGGGAAGUUUGAGGGGGCGGUGAAGGGGGUGGAGAGGGCGUUGACUGGGCAGUGA